AUGUCAGCCCAGCAAAAGAAAUCCAGCGGUGCCGGAAAACAGAACCAUAUCCCGGAUAAUGAAAUCAAACAGAAUUCGGCCGUUUCGGCCUCUAUGGCGCUUCAGGCCAUGCAGAAGGCGUAUGAGCUGAGACAAGCUGCGAAUGCCGCGGGCGAUCCAGAUGCACGCGAAGAAAUACUUGCUAAAGCUAUCAACAAGGAGAUUGAGGCUGAAAGCUUUGGGAAAGCUGCGAAAUACACCCGUUCAGGCACUUUCCAAGGUCUCGCUGCCGGUGCAGGUUUAGGCGUCCAACCGGGCGUUACGAUUGGAAAGUUGACAGGUGCGCUGGUCGGCGGAACAAUUUCUGCGGUGACGGGGCUUCUCGGCGGUGGCAUCGGUUCCGUCUACGGAGCUAUGCAUGGCCCGUUCUGGGACCUUGGUCAGAUGGCCUCCCAGGGUGUACGAAGCAUUGUUGGAGACUUCCCUAACUGGAAGUGUACUCCAGCACAGAAGAAGGCAUUGGAAAAAAUGGUCAUGCAGACGAAAGAAACGCAGGCCCCCACACAAGAAGAAUUGGAGAAGAUGCAGUGUGAUGACGGUGGAGCGAUGCCAGAGACUUGGGCACAGUCCGCAAGAGACAUG